AUCAAAUACAUUAAUCUGUGUAAUCUCUCGUAAUUACAAAGAUUUGCUUGGUUUAAUAAAAAUAAUCCCCCUCAAUUAGACCCCCCGCCUCUAACUCUCUUGUACCCCACUUUGCUUCUUAAUUGCGUGGUUAAAUAUGCGGAGCAUUUAAAUUAAGUGGCGUUAACGCUCUACUUAUUGCGAGAGAAGUCCUUCUAGAAGGAGGCUUUCCAGGAAGAUUCUCAACUUGUGGUGGUGUUGUCUUCCAACAGGUGGCUAAUCGAACAAACACACAACUUAACGAACGCGUGUACCUGUUUAUUCGAUUCGCGCAUGCCUCAGAGACUGAUGUCAUAUUUGUUACCAAAUUAAUCGUUUGCUGGACUAGUCUUUGCCAGCACUUCUUGAAAAGACAGAACGCACAAGGAAAGACAAAGAAAGUCGAACCAGGACAAAAUGUUAUAAAGUGGGAUCCAAAAACUGGAUUUUCAACCACUAAGCGACAGAUUCCAAGAUCUAACAAUACAGAAAUGGAGGUCAACGCAUGCCGCAGUAAUCAAGAACAACUGGGACUUCAGUUCACCAUUGACUAUCUGUUGUACAAUAAGGGACGCAACAAUGAGAGAGCAGAACCAGAGGAACAGCAGAAUAAUGGUUCUCCAUCUGAAGGUCUUCAAAGUACACUCAAUGAAACUCUCUCAGAACAGAAUAGUGAAAAUGAAGAAAAUGGAUGUGAAGAUGAACACGAGAAGACGAAUCUGAAGAGUGAAGGAAGGAAUGAGAAGCCAGCGCAGUCUUACAUUGCCCUCAUUUCCAUGGCCAUCCUGGAUUCAGAUGAAAAGAAGCUCCUGCUAUGUGAUAUUUACCAGUGGAUCAUGGAUCACUAUCCUUACUUCAAAAGCAAGGACAAGAACUGGAGGAACAGCGUCAGACACAAUCUCUCUUUGAACGAGUGCUUUAUCAAAGCCGGUCGCAGUGACAACGGAAAGGGCCAUUUCUGGGCUAUCCAUCCAGCCAACUUUCAAGACUUCUCUAACGGUGACUACCACCGGCGACGAGCCCGGAGAAGGAUCCGCAGAGUAACAGGGCAGCUGCCCUUCACGCUACCCGCACAUUACCAAACCCUCAGCCACCAGAAACGGACACCUUGUUGGUGUUGUCCACCGAUGCAUCCGUUGGUGUGCUUCCCGCCCAGAGUUUACUGGAGCUGGGCUGCUGUUCAGACACACCGACAGCCAUCCCUUCAUGGACUGAUAUAACCGGAUCUACCCUUAAAUUAUGUCUUUAUGUUGUUCAAAUGUUGGAAAUUUAAAGGGAUAAUUCACCUAAAAUGAAAAUUCUGUCAUUAAUUACUCACCCUCAUGUCAUUCCAAACCUGUAACACCUUCGUUCAUCUUUGGAACAGAAAUUAAGACUUUUUUUUUAAUUAAAUCCAAGAGCAUUCUGACCCUGCCCAACACAACUGCCACGUUUAAGAAAAAUAGAAAUGUGAAAUAGUCCAUAUAACAUCAGUCAACCUUCAUUUUAUGAAGCUACGAGAAUACUUUUUGUGUGCAAAGAAAACAAACGACUUUAUUCGACAAUUUCUUCUCUUCCAUGUCAGUCUUGAUGGUACCACAACACAUGGAAGUUCUAAAGCUCAGAAAGUUCUAUGAUUGUGUCAAAAAUAUCUUAAUUUGUGUUCUAAAGAUGAACAAAAGUCUUACAGGUUUGGAAGGACAUGACAUGGUAAUAAAUGGCAGAAUUUUCAGUUUUUGGGUGGACUGUGCCUUUAAUUGUACAUAUUUUGUAAUCCAUCUUG